AUGAGCGUUAAACCAUCCAAUUUGGCCACUAGUGGACCAGAAGGCAGCAAAAGAGCAGCCAUGAACUCAAAAAUAAAGCUAGCAAUUUCCAGUUUUAAACAGUACGAAGAGACCAGCGAGGACUGUGGGGAUAAUAGUACCAAGUCUGGCUCAGUCCAGACCAUCAAGUCCAAGUUCAGCAGUCGUAUUACUGUGAAGCAUAAGGAGGAUGACUCUAACAACUUCCAGAUCAACUUAAUAAAUCUGUCACCUAGUGCUACUAAAAACAACGAAUUCUCGUUUGAUAAUUCCCAGCUUGAAAAAUUAAGAAAAGGGAUAGCUGAAGGGGAUAACAGCAGAAGGAGACAUUCCCCGAAGAAAAGUCCGACAGCAGGCAUUGACAAAGAUCGCGCUUAUCACAAGGAUUUCUUGAUCGCAGAAGGAUCUUUCGGCAAGGUUUACCAGGUUACCAAGAGGGAUAAUGGUAAAAAGUACGCAAUGAAGGUCUUGAAUUCCUACUUCCUGAAGAAGUACAAUAAAAGUCAUGAAGCUUACAUUGAGAGGCAUGUACUUUCAAAUUGUAGACAUCCUAACAUUGUCAAGUUCAGUAAAUGCCACAAGGCAGGCGAGUCUCUAUGUUUUAUCCUAGAGCUUUGUCAAAAUGGCUCUUUGGAUGACUACCUUGAGAAAGAGCAUCCUGUAAAUCAAGAAGCUAUCAAAUUCUUUGCAGCAGGGAUCUUGAACGGACUUGAAUAUUUACAUAGCAAGAACAUCGCUCAUAGAGAUCUAAAACCGAGCAACAUCUUGCUUGAUGAUAACCUUGAUGUGAAGAUCACUGACUUUGGGACAGCCAAAAUCUUUAACUGCGAAGAUGAACGUGUGACCAGAGCAUUGGACAAACGAGCUAAAAGAGAAGAAUCAAGGUCUAAUUCUCCAAGGAAGAAGAACAGUUUUGUUGGAACAAAUGAGUAUCUGUCUCCAGAAGUCCUUCAUGGACAUGCUCCAUCAUGUGCUAUUGAUUUAUGGAGCCUUGGAGUCAUCAUAUUCAGAAUGUAUACAGGGAAUACUCCAUUUUGAUCAAGUAAUGAAAUGGACACUUAUGAAAAUAUUCUUAGUGGCAAAUUUUCAAGACAUGAGUCAAUCCCAGAAGACGCCUGGAGUUUAAUAAAAUCUCUUUUGCAGGUAGACCCAAGGAAACGUCUCGGCUGCUCUGAUAUCAUGAAUGAUAUUAAAUUUGAAGUCAUUAAGUCCCACCCAUUUUUCGGAACAAUCGAUUUUACAAACUUGAAGCUAAACAUCUUAGAAGAGGAAAAGAGUGAAGUUGAAGCUUCUUCAGAGUUAGAAAUCCCUGAUGUUCUCCUCAAAGGCAGAAAAGCGGUGAAAUCAUUCGCAGUUCCUUGUCAAAUUGUGGAAGAGGAUGAUGACCAAGAGGAUCUUUGUAUUGAUGCAUUUACUGAUGAAAUAAAGGGCAUGAAGAGAAAUCCAAGAGCUUUCGAAAGUUUCAACCUCAUUCCAACUCUUGAAAAUUCUCCCUUUGAUCUUGAGUCGAUGAUUCAAGAAGACCAUUUCGGUAAUCUCAGCAGGAAGCAAUCAGUGAGACUUAAAGAGAACUCUUCAAGAGUCCCAAUCCUAUUUGAUGAAGAAUCUGAUGUUGAGUUCUCUUCAACUGUAAGCUCAGCAAGUUCAGUGUUUCUAUCAAAAACUUCUCGAGAUAGGCAUGACCAUUCAUAAAAGGAGUGUUGCAUCCGCUCCUUUCAAUUAAUUUUU